UGCAGAGCCCGGCCCCGGACUCACUGCCCCAGCCCUCCCUGCGGGCGCCCGGGGCACCCCUGGGGUUCGCUCAUCCUGGAACAGUCGCGGGCGCUGCUCUGCUCCGGGCGUUGCGCACGCAAGUGGAGAUGUGGCGGUGGCGACGACAGUCACGAACGGGGCGAGGGGGCACAGACAGGCAACCCGGCGUCACCAAGCCGGGUGGCGGGGGCUGUGCUCGGGCUGCGGGACGGGAUGGGAUCGCAAAGCCGGGCGCCCAACCCAUCCCGGGGGCGGCCCACGGAAACUCCCAGGGGAAGUGGGGUCUGGUCCAGGUGUGCCCCGAAAGACAAGUGGAAGGUUGGGGAGACGGGGGUACGCAGCGCAGAGAGACUCCGCGUGUGCAGACCCGCGCGGUGGAGCCACAGAGAUGGGACCCAUGGAGGUUCAGGGUGGAAGAGAAAAGUCAAGGAGAGGAUAAGGAUCAGCCAGAGAAGGGGGCGAGGGUGGGGACACGGAGGGGGUGCGGGAAUGAAGGGAUUCCGGAAGGAGGGGCCAAGACUCUUUUCAGGUGCCGGCCAGAGGGCUGGUUGGGUAGAAACUGGGACAGGUCCAGGCAUUUGGCCAUCUCGACAUUGAGAACCUUGGGGAGGUGGUUCUGUGGAGAUUCGAGUGAGGAAGCGGAGCACCUGUGUAGACAGUCUUUUCUAGACGUUCUCUUGAAGUGAGAGAGUGUAGAUGUGGGAGAGGAAUUGGGGACCAGGGUGCAGAGCGCAGUAAAGCAGAUGUGUGUUUGGAACACGGGCUCUGGGUUCUGGAGUCCCCACACUCGCUCACAGGUGUCCUUACCACGGUGAGACCUGGGGCAAGUCAUGUCACCUCUUUAUGCCUCAGUUCCCUCAUCUGUAAAAUGGGGAUGCUGAUGACAAUACCUGCCUCAGAGGGUUCCCGUGAAGAUUAGAUGAGAUGGUGCCUCUAAAAGUGCUUAAUACAGCACUAAAAAGUAGUACCUAUUAUUGUUCACUUUUAUUAUUAGAGCAGAGCUUGGGCGUAUUUUGAUGCUGAUAGGAAGGAGCCGGUAGAGAGGGAGGCAUUGAAGACAGAGAGGAGAGAAAAGGGACUAGAGAGAAAGGGACCCAGAACUUGGAUGCGAGAUAAGUCUUGGGUGCCUGUCUAUGCCAAACCAGGGGAGAGAGGGCAUAGGUGGGGGUGCAGCAAAUUUGCAGGUUUGGGGUAUGUGGUUAAGGGAGUGUCUGUCUGAUAGUCUUUUCUCUGAAGUAGGUCUCAAGGUCAGUUGCUGAGAGGGCCAGGCCAGGCCCGGCCCAGGUGAGGCUGGAGGUCCUGAUUCACACUGCCUUGGUACGGUGCCGUGCCCUCUUUACGAGCAGCCCCAGUGUUGCUCCAGGGAAUGUGGGCGGUUGAAUUUAUCUAGGGUCAGAGGACAUCUGACCUGCCUUGCCCCUUGGGAGGCUCAAGUCAAGUUGAUGGAUUGAAAACACUAUAUAAGCAUAAUUUACCAUUUUAAUCCUUUUCCCUGAUUUUGAAGGGCUGUAGCCACCAUCGGAAUACAAUGUGGAAGCCUCUGAAGCACUUCUGGUGGGCCGUGUACCUUGCCCCGCUUUCACCCGUGACAGUUAGGUGAAGUAGGUGUUAUUAUCAUCCCCAUUUACAGAUGCAGAAACUGAGGUCCAGAGAAGUUAAGAACCUUGUCCCAGGACUUGGAGUCCCACAGCCCUGGUGCUAACCCUGCUUCACCUCCAGGGGCUGUGUGACUUUGGAUCAGGCAUCUUGCUUCUCUGAGCCUAUACGUGGCUGCAGAAGAAUUCCUGGCAGCUUGCUCUAAGGUUCCAGAAGGAAAUCAUUGUGCGGCGCACAGUAGACACGCCAGGAGCUGUAGUUCCCAUGCAUCCGUGGAUCUGCAUCCUGCUUGGCCACGGAGACCCACUCACUCCCUGUGACCUGGUGUCUGUUUAGAGAUGGGGUAACCGAGCUCCCCUGUGAGGAAGUGACUUCUACCUGAGACACUGGACAGGGCAGAGUUAAAACUCCCAGAACUUGCAUUUUUGGACCUGCCUCCAGGACCCUGGGGAUUUCCACCAGGGAGAAUGACUGGACACUCCAGGAGCUUUCAGGCACCAUCCAGGGGAUUUUUUUCACCACAAAGGGUAAUUCCUGCCCCAUCCCUGCUGUGACUCAGCGGUGACGUCGAACCACAGAAGCCAGAGAGAAGAAGAUAAAGUCAUCAGACUCCUGCUCACCAGAGAGGGUGACCCAGGCCAGAACUCACCUCUUCUAUCAGCACAAGCUCCACGAGGCUGGUCCCCUGCCCCAGGGGAGCUUAGACGGCCCCCGCCAGCUGGCCUGGGACCUCAGGAUGGCCUCUGGCUCAGCCAGCAGCCCCCGCCCGGCCCCCGAUGAGAACGAGUUUCCCUUUGGGUGCCCCCCCACCGUCUGCGAGAACCCAUCAGAGCCCAGGGCCCUCUGCUGCGCCGCCUGUCUCUCUGAGAACAUGAGGAAUAGCGAGGAUCGGAUCUGUCCCAAAUGCAGAGGAGACGACUCCCAAUCUGUAAGCCCAGGAACCCUGGUGUCUCAGGAGAAGGAUCACCCCGAAGUGGCCGAGAUUGGAGUUGGGUGCCCCUUUGCAGGUGUUGGCUGCUCCUUCAAGGGGAGCCCAAAGUUCAUGCAGGAGCAUGAGGUCACCUCCCAGGCCACCCACCUAAACCUGCUGUUGGGCUUCAUGAAACAGUGGAAGGCCCAGCUGGGCUCUGGCCUGGGGUCCGGGCCCAUGGCCCUGGAGCAGAAUCUGUCAGACCUACAGCUGCAGGCUGCUGUGGAGGUGGCUGGGGACCUGGAGGUGGACUGUUACCGGGCGCCGUGCUCCGAGAGCCAGGAGGAGCUGGCCCUGCAGCAGUUCAUGAAGGAGAAGCUGCUGGCGGACCUGGAGGGGAAGCUGCGUGUGUUUGAGAACAUUGUCGCUGUCCUCAACAAGGAGGUGGAGGCCUCCCACCUGGCCCUGGCGGCCUCCAUCCACCAGAGCCAGCUGGACCGCGAGCACAUCCUGAGCUUGGAACAGAGGGUGGUGGAGUUGCAGCAGACCCUGGCCCAGAAAGACCAGGCCCUGGGCAAGCUGGAGCAGAGCCUCCGCCUCAUGGAGGAAGCCUCCUUCGACGGCACCUUCCUGUGGAAGAUCACUAAUGUCACCAGGCGGUGCCAUGAGUCGGCCUGCGGCAGGACCGUCAGCCUCUUCUCCCCAGCUUUCUACACAGCCAAGUAUGGCUACAAAUUGUGCCUGCGGCUCUAUCUGAAUGGGGACGGGACGGGAAAGAGGACCCACCUCUCGCUCUUCAUCGUGAUCAUGAGAGGGGAAUACGAUGCUCUGCUGCCUUGGCCAUUCCGGAACAAGGUCACCUUCAUGCUGAUCGACCAGAACAACCGUGAGCACGCCAUCGAUGCCUUCCGGCCUGACCUGAGCUCAGCAUCCUUCCAGCGGCCCCAGAGUGAAACCAACGUGGCCAGCGGUUGCCCGCUCUUCUUCCCCCUCAGCAGGCUGCAGUCGCCCAAGCACGCCUACGUGAAGGACGACACCAUGUUCCUCAAGUGCAUCGUGGAGACAAGUGCCUAGGGCAGGCGAGGCCGAGUGAGCCACACCUGACUCCUGAGGGAGCUCCGGCUCAGACUGGGGGUUAGCAAGAUGACUGAGGUCCUGCCCUUGGCGCCCAAGAUCCCAGGGCACAGUGAUGGGCUGGGCUGGCAGGAUCUGAGCAGGACUCAUAGAUGGACUGUGGCUGGCCAUCAGCUUAGGGCAGCAGGGCCUUGGGCUGGGCCCACAAAGGCAAAGGUCCAGAAGGAGGCGGCAGCAGGAUUGUUCUCUGCACUGACCACACAACACUGGAGGCUGGGGAGCCACUCCAGCCCUGAAUGUUGACGCGGGCUUUGACCAAGACCAGGAGGGAAUGGGGACCAGGCCUAGGGCAUGGAUGGUGAGCUGGAGAUAUAGGACCUGAAGAGAGAAGCUCUCGGGAUGAGAAGGUCUCCACAGGGCUACCAUGGAGCACUAGAAACAUGCUUGCUCUCUUCCUGCCCGUGGUCAGAACCAGGACCAGGAAGUGGA